GAGUGUCAGGACGGUGCGGUGCGCGCAGAGACAGCGGCAGAGGAUGAACUGAAGACACGCGGGGCGGACAGCUGCGCAUCUUCUCCGGGCUGUGGUUUCACAGCGUCCUCCUCCUGGUAUUUAUGGCAGUUGAAGAGAAUAAGGAGCACAGUAUUUAUUGUGAUCUUUGGUUCAGCAGAGGACAGCAUCAUGCUCAGUCUACUGCGCCCCCUACUGGUAGCCUGCUGCCUCUACCUGCUGAUGCUGCUACCCGGCGGUCAGGGCAGGAUCCCCGCCUAUAACAACGGCUUUCACUACCAGGACAUCAGCAACGGGAACGGAAACGGAGAGAUCUAUUUCAAUGGGGUUCGUCUCCACGUGGAAUCCCCGGAGCCUGCAGUGUCGGCCACGAGGGGGAGCAGCGUCACCCUUCCCUGCCACUACCACUACGAGCCUGAACUGGCCACACCACGCAGGACCCGGGUCAAAUGGUCCUGGUUGCCUGCCAACACCAUCACUGCACCUGUUUCCCCGGCAGCCUCUGCCAGGGAGACUGAAGUUAUGGUCGCCAUGGGCAACCGUCACCGCAGCUACGGCAGUUUCCGGGGCCGCGUACGCCUGAGACGCUCUGCACCAGGAGACAUGUCUCUAGUGAUCAAUGAACUGCAACUCAAUGACACGGGCAGAUACCGCUGUGAGGUGAUUGAUGGCCUGGAGGAUGAGAGUGUGACGGUGGAGCUGGAGCUGCGGGGUGUGGUGUUCCCAUAUCACUCUCAGGAAGGGCGCUACCGUUUUAACUUCUUCGGGGCCCACCAAGCAUGCCAGGAUCAGGACGCCACUCUGGCUACAUUUGAGCAGCUCUUCACGGCGUGGGAGGAAGGGCUAGACUGGUGUAACGCCGGCUGGUUGGCUGAUGGCACAGUGCAGUAUCCAAUCACAGAUCCUCGUGAGGGCUGUGGGGGCGUGGACUUAGCUCCUGGUUUGCGCAGCUACGGACAGCGGCAUCACCUCCUCCAAUAUGAUGCUUUUUGCUUUUCCGGCGCUGUCAAGGGGACUGUGUAUUUCCUAAAGCAUCCGGCCAAGCUCAACUUCACAGAAGCAGUCCAGGCUUGUGCCAGUGAUGGAAGCGAGAUCGCCAAAGUGGGCCAGCUGUAUGCUGCCUGGAGGUUGAUGGGAUUGGACCGCUGUGAUGCUGGCUGGUUGGCUGAUGGGAGUGUCCGUUAUCCUAUCACAAAGGCCCGGGCUAAUUGUGGCCCACCAGAGCCAGGUGUGCGUAGUUUUGGGUUCCCCCCUUGGUACCAGAAAUUUGGCGUUUACUGCUAUCGGUAGAUGCUUUUCGGUAGUCAAAAAUCAAAUAGAAUACUGGUUCAAAGCUCUGCGUGAGACAGACAACAACUGUUAAACACUGACAAAAUGUCUACACUAUAUGGCCAGACGUAUAUGGGCACAAACACUACACCCAUGCGUAUGGGCACAAAUAUGCUGCUAUAACAGCCCCCACUCUUCUGUGAAUGCUUCCUUUAAGGUUUUGAGACCUGUCUGCAGGGAUUUGCUCUCAUUCAAUCACAACAGUAUCAGUGAGAAUGACGGAUGUCGGGGCAGUUAGGCCAGGUAUCACAGGUGAUAUUAGAGUUUAUCCAAAUGGUAUUGGAUAGAGUUGAGGUCAGGGCUCUGUGCAGGCCGGUCGAGUUCUUCCACAUCAAACUGUGAGAAUAAUUUCCCCUUCAACCUUUCCUCAUGUUUUUGUGUCUAUGGGUCUAAUAGGUGCAGCUCAUGAAACAAGCUCAAUGUGUAAUCCUUCAAUCCUCCAGUGUAGGUCCACCAAAAGUGCUUGUUUUUGCCAAUAAGAGGCUGAGAUUAUGAUGGAAUGGACCCUCCUGAGAUGGACCUCGUCACAGAACAUGGGAGUUGCUGGUCUAUAGCUACAUUGAUCGAUAUUAUUAUGUGACUUUUGUUAGUUCAAAGUAGCAUGUUAAAACAGGUUGAAAAAUACAGAAGUUUCUCUUUAUUUAGACCUUUAUUUAGGGGGGUUUAGACCUAACUGUGACAAUGAAAAACAGCCUCAUAUCAAAUGUAUGUGAAAGUAUUUGGAAAUGGGUGCCCACAUAUUCUUGGCCAUAUAGUGUACAAUGUCCCAGCAAUAACGUCCUCCCAUCUUCUUGGAUUCAGUUAUUUUUGCUGCACAGUUUCCUCAUAGAUCAAAUCAACCUAAUUAUGCUUCAAAUUCUAGUUUCCAACUGUUUUGGCUAAUCAGCUUCAACUUUGGUCGACCACCCACGGUGACUUUAAUUAACAGAUGAUUCAUUUCAAACUCAGGGAAGGUAUUCAGAACCAGAAAAACCUUCGUAUUUAAAUUGAUUCACUGCUCUCCUACCAUACCUCAAUUCUACUUCAUCUAGCCUGUAUUUAUUCUAGCAAACGUUUACAUCUUUUUUCAGCAGUGAUCACUAGAACAUUAAA